UGGAAAAGGUGGGCAAGUCACUCAGGAACAUCAAAGAAGAUUCAUUACCCUCAGUCUGAAAUUUUGUUUAGAAAAGAAGCACAAGGGAGUUCCCUUCCAGACCAAACACCUGUGGUCAUAACUUCUGAGUGUGCUGGAAGCAGAUUGCACGUGUUCGCCCUGCUCCGUGCUCCUGGUUUGACCCAGAGGGCAAAAAGAAAUAAUGGUGACAACACCUAAUAGGACUGGGGUGCUCAUGCCCUUUCAUUGCUAAACCCCCAGUUACUGUCCCUUUCUCUUCCCUCCGCCCCUUGGUUUCCUUUUGCUUUGGUCCUGAAAUUUGAGGUUGGUUUUCGUUGUGUUUUUUUUUUCGUCCUGAUGAGGGCACCACUGCAGACCAUGAUGUGCCUGGGGUUGUGGGCAGCUGCCCUGCUCUGCUUGAUUUCCCCUGGCACCGUGCGAGGUGACUGCUGGCUGAUUGAGGGGGACAAAGGUUAUGUGUGGCUGGCCAUCUGCAGCCAGAACCAGCCCCCGUAUGAGACCAUCCCCCAGCAUAUCAACAGCACGGUGCACGACUUGCGUCUCAACGAGAAUAAGCUCAAAGUGGUGCUGUACUCCUCCCUCAACCGCUUCGGCAACCUGACCGAUUUGAACCUGACCAAGAAUGAGAUCUCCUAUAUUGAGGAUGGGGCUUUCAUGGGCCAGUCAAACCUCCAGGUUUUACAGCUGGGUUACAACAAACUCACCAACCUGACAGAGGGCAUGUUGCGGGGCAUGGCUCGUCUCCAGUUCCUCUUUGUGCAGCACAACCUAAUUGAGCUGGUAACCCCUACUGCCUUCUCCGAGUGCCCCAGCUUGAUUAGCAUUGACCUGUCAUCUAACCGUCUCAGCCGCCUGGAGGGGAACACUUUCACCAGCUUGAGCAAUCUGAUGGUGUGUGAGCUGGCUGGCAACCCCUUCAACUGCGACUGUAGCCUCUACAGCUUUCUCAACUGGCUGGCACUCUUCAACAAUGUCACCAAGAACUAUGACCGGCUCCAGUGUGAGACUCCUCGGGAGUUUGCUGGGUACCCCCUUCUGGUACCUCGGCCUCACCACAACCGCAAUGCCAUCACCAUAUUCCAGUCCAUGUGCAGAGGCGGCACCAUCCCCUCCCUCUCCAGGGUCAACCCCACCCCUUAUACCCCUGACUCCCAGCGAGACCUGGAUGAGGGCUCAGCCAUCAGCCCUGGGGACUUCCUCUCAGUCAAGCCUCCAGCCUCCUCCACUACUGACUCGUCCUUCAGUCCUAGCAUCAAGCUCCAUGAUGUCACCAUCACCUCAGCCAUCCUGAUGGUAACCAUCCCCAUGCCCUACAGUAAGAUGUAUGUGCUGGUCCAAUACAACAACAGCUACGUUUCUGACAUAGCAACACUGAAGAGCAAGAAGGAAUAUGUCACUGUCAACAAGUUGAAGGCCCACACUGAUUAUACUUUCUGUGUGGCCUCCAUCCGCAACAACAGGCGCUACAAUCACACUUGCCUGACCUUUGCAACCCGGAGCAAAGGCAGGGAGGACCCUAUUUCCAGUACUUCUACCACCACACACUAUAUCAUGACCACUCUGGGUUGCCUCUUUGGGAUGGUCAUAGUCCUGGGGGUGGUUUACUACUGCCUGCGGAAGCGGAGGAUGCAGGAGGAGAAACAGAAGUCCCUCAAUGUCAAAAAGACCAUACUGGAAAUGCGUUAUGGAUCAGAUAUUGAUACCAGUACCAUGGUCCAUCCUUCCCAGAAGCUGGGUGAGCCACCAGUCAUCCCUGUCUCACGGAUGUCCUCCAUCCCUUCCAUGAUUGGGGAGAAGUUGCCCCCAUCAAAGUCAAUGGAUGCUGGGAUGGAGACUCCUAAAGUCACCACUAAAGGUAACUACAUUGAGGUGCGGACUGGUGGUGGGGAUGGGCUGGAACGAGCCCAGCGGGAUGAGGACCUGAGGGAGCUUGACAAUGGGCAAGGCUCAGCUGCUGAGAUCUCUACUAUAGCCAAGGAGGUAGACAAGGUCAACCAGAUCAUCAACAACUGCAUUGAUGCCCUCAAGCUGGACACAGCCUCUUUCCUGGGUGGUGGAACUGGUGUUGACUCAGACAUGGCCUUUGAGUGCCAGUCCAUCCCAGCCAGUUCCUCGGGUGGGCUAGAGCGGCCCAGCUUUCUUUCCCCACCCUACAAGGAAAGCUCCCACCACCCGUUGCAGCGCCAGCUCAGUGCUGAUGCUGCCGUGGCCAGAAAGACCUGCAGUGUCUCCUCUAGUGGCUCCAUCAAGAGCGCCAAGGUCUUCAGCUUGGAUGUGCCUGACCACCCACCACUCAGCAAGUCUGACUCCAAAUACAUUGAGAAGGGCAGCCCACUCAACAGCCCUUUGGAUCGUCUUCCCUUGGUGUCCCCGGGCGCCAUCCACCACUUGGAGGUCAAGCCUUCUUACCAUUGCAGUGAGCACCGUCACUCCUUCCCAGCCCUGUACUAUGAGGAAAGCGCUGACACCUUGAGCCAGCGGGUGUCAUUCCUCAAGCCACUCUCCCGGUCCAAGCGAGACUCCACGUACUCCCAGCUCUCCCCCAGACACUACUUCUCAGGCUACUCCUCCAGCCCUGAGUACUCAUCAGAGAGCACCCACAAGAUUUGGGAGCGAUUCCGGCCUUACAAGAAGCACCACAGGGAGGAGGUUUACAUGGCAGCUGGGCAUGCCCUGCGGAAGAAAGUUCAGUUUGCCAAGGACGAGGAUCUGCAUGACAUCCUGGAUUACUGGAAAGGAGUCUCUGCUCAGCAGAAGCUGUGACUCUCCCUCGCUCUUUCCAAGGAAACAAUACAAAACAAGACCCCCUCCCCAACAACCAGAAAAAAAAUAUGCCACUUGACUGUGAAAAAUAAACCAACAACAAAAUACUCCCGACAAAUACAAAACUGACAAAAUUGUUUCUUAAAGUUUACAACAACAACAGAAAACUCUCACACACACAGACACACACAGACACACACACACACGCCGAAUUGUCUCUACUGUGUUACGGGGACCAUUGUUCUGCCUGCAGAUGAUUGGGAGGAGCGUCCUGCUCUGACACUGUGGUAACAACACUGGAGUGUGGGUGGGUGGGAAUGGCCCGGGAGGGGGUGGUGGCGGUGGCAGGGGAAGGUCAGGGAUGGACACUCACUGGGCAUGAACCUCAGCUGUGAACUAUUGCGCUUUCUGUUCCUGUUGAGGGCUGAUUUUUCUUUUGGGUGGAAGGGGAGGACUUUGGUUUAGAAAGCUUCUCUGCCCACCUGAUACACCUACUUUUCCAAAUCUUCCACCACUAUUUUUUUCCAUAUUUCCUUUGGCAGUGGAGGCUUUUCUCUCUCUCCCGUACCCUUCCAAGAUAUGUGGGAUUUGUUGGAAGUAGUUCUCUCACUUCUUUUCCUUUUCCUCUUCCUCUUCCCUACCCUUCUCUGUUAGGGCUCCCUAGGCUUGCACUUUCUGUCUGGAUACUUCACGAACCUCCAUCCUCCUUGAAGGAAGGAGAGGAGGUGCAAAGAGCUGAGGGAGGUACGGCUUGCCGCACAACAGGCUCUAUGCUCUUGCUGCUCUUCCUCCUUCCCUUCUCCUGCCAUGUCAUUGCUGAUGAACACCAGCAAUUCCACAGUGAUGUGCAUUCUCCAGUCCUGCUCAGAGCGAAUGUUCUGCCAGUUGGUGCAGCAUAUGAAUAUGCUCUUUGGCAUGGCAAGCCAGGUCCUCAAGGAGUGGUGGAGGAAAAGGCAGAAAGGUUCUGUCUCUCAGUGGUGUAAAGGGUUCCCAUGUCUCCAUGAGUGUCACAGGUCAGAGGUCCUCCCCACCAUACCCAUCUAUGCUCUGGCUGCCCUUGCGCAGUGGGUUUGGUAUUCUCUGUUCAUGCCUCCCUUACUAUGAGGAAGAGACUUGGAGAGGAGCUGAGCAGAGCAAGUUCUACACGAAGCUUCUGCAGCUCUUCCCAACUGACUUGCACCAUGGACUGUAGGGUGGGUGUGCAUGAGAAGAGCAUCACCCAUCCUCCUCACUUGCAAGUGGAUGUGAAGAAUAGGAUUUCAAUUGCUCACUUCACUGGGUUGACAGAAAAUCCACCAAGUGGCUUCCUCUUGCAUAGGCCAUGGACACUCUGGUGUGGAUAGGAGACAGCCUAGGGUGAAGGCAGGAGCAUAGGAAACAAAAGGGAUGUGAGAAUGGGGCCUGGGAGGACCCCAGUAAUGGCUCCAGGAGAAGCUCCUUUUGUGUAUGCAGCCACACUGUGUCUGCUGGGAUAGAAGAGGAUACCGGCCUCUGGAUGGCAGUGCUCCUUUGAAUACAUCAUGAGAGUCAGAGCAACUUAUCACCUCCUAAAUCCUCCACCUCCUCACAGUUAGCUGUGACAAACUUUUCUUAGGGAUCCUUUAAUGUCUUGGCAAAAACCUGGUUUCACUUGCUAGGUGCCAACCUCUGUCCCUUGGAUAGAAGAUCUGCCACAGAGGUGGGAAGGAGCCUACUGCCCUCUACACUUCAUCCCAUUUCUGAGCAGCCCAACAAAGCACAAUCUUGGCACCAUUUCCCCCAAAGUUUUCUUGCCAGGCAGGGGUGCUGCCUGCUGAGUGCAUCUUUAUGCAGCACGGUGGGCCUCCUCUCCAUGAGCUGCACACCCUGAUUCUUGACAAUCGUUCACCUCUAUCAGGAUGAAGGUGAGGGCCUGUGUUGUGUUGGCCUUUCCUAUGUGGCUAUUUGCUUUUUGAGGUGCUCCUCAGGAGCCCCAGUAUUUUUGGAGGCCCUGGGAGAAGUAUGAGGGUGUAGGAGCUUCUCUGGGAGGGAUUUACAUGCUGCCUGCAGAGAACCUGCCUGUUAUCUGUCAGUAGUGGCACUGCCAGCUGUGAGAGCUGGUUUCUAUGCCACAGGUGACAUAACUUCAUCUUCUGUAAGUAAAGAGCAGUAGUAGGCAGAACCUGGUAUGUGAAAACCAGAGCAGGGAUUCCCAAGGUCUAAACUUGUGAAGAUCUGUGGGGUUCCUUCCUUGUAGGGAUACUGAUGGUAACAAUCCUAAGCCAGGUCCUGAUCCCAUUGCCUCAGCCUCCUUCACUGUCAGCUUGCUUCCCCACAGUCUAGGCAUUGUUUUUCCUCGACUCCAGAGGUAUUCAUGGGACUGACUCCACACUGUAAGAGCCAGUCCAACCCAGAGGAAGGUGGGGGUGUGCACACAUGGGUGUGUGUGCACACACACGUGUGUGUGCGCAUGUGUAUAUGUGCAGGAGGAUGAAGGGAAGUCAAGUCACUUCUGCCAGGUGUCCCUCCAUGUUGGGACAAUGCAGCAAAUCAAGACAGGUAAAUGCUGUGAGAGAUGCUUAGGCACAGCAGAGACCUCUCCAGCUACCACAUGGAGAAGGCCCAGCGGUCUUCCAGCAUGGCAACCAUCCAAGCAGGAAAGACUAAUGGCUGGGGCACAGAACUGGACAGGAGAAGGGGGAUGACAGGCACGGGGGGAUGGAGUUCUGUUCCUCUCCCCACCUCUUCCCUCCCUGUGCUUCUCUGCUGUAUUGUCUUGUAAUCAGUUCUGCUCAGUCUAUAUUUUUUGGGGAAGCAUUAACCUGUAGUGGUUUCUGCUCCCUCCCCUCAUUACCCCAACAAGGCAGAAAAGAAAGGUCAAGGGAUACAGCUAUCAUCAGGCCCUUCUUUUGCCUGUGGUGGGGGUAAGCCUGGGUAGGAGAGACAAGCCAUUUCUCUCCCAACUGUAGCCCACACUCCAAACCAAUGGGUGAAGUUUGCACAAGAUGGACUGUUCUGUGGGAGGAAGAGGGCAAGGAAGGGGAACAAAGUGUCCCACCUUCCUUCCUCCUCCCUUCUUCCUUGUCGUGCUCCCUCCCCAGGGACGAGGGCUCACAAAGUGAUGCCAGCCCUGUUGGAGGAAAGCAGAUUUAACGUUCUAUUUGCAUGACGAUUUUACUGUAUUUUUCUGAGCAAACACCUGUUGUGUAUGUGCCAGUUUGUUGGAAUUUAAUCUCCUCCCCCAAAGUCUCUCCCAUCCUUGUUCCUGUUUUCCCUGCUCCUUUCAUUCAUCCCUGAUGUGAUUUUAUGACAGACUCCUACCAGUUUGGGAGGGAACACACCCCAAAGAGAACCCAACCCAAUCAGCCCCAUAAAAAACAUUCCUUCUUCUUUCCAGUGUCCCCCUCCCCUUGCCCCAAAUGUGGUCUCUCAGCUGCUUUCCAGGGUUGUGUGCGUGAAGGGGGAUGUGUUAUAUACCAAAGGCCUGCUCUUUCUAGUGGUCAUGGUUUCUCCUAAUUAUUUAGAAAUAGGAGUGAGGCCCAUCAAGAUAGAUCUCAUAGGAGAAAUGGCCACUACCAUCCCCAUGCCCUGGUUGCUCUUUCCCCAAGUCUACAAGCAAGGGUAUUCUUGCAGGAACAAGGAGUGCUUCAGCUGCAGGGAAACCUCUGAUACAGUGAAAGCUUGAUGUGGAGCUGGUUGCAAUCACCAGAAGACCACCCACGACCAAUCUCAUUGAUUGCAGGGAACUCUGGAUUAGGUCUGUCCUACCCCUCGUCUCCCGUGGGUGGUCCUGGCAAGGGGCAGGGCAUGACGAAACCCUUAAGGCCUCUGUGGUAGGAAAAAGAAUGAAGAGACUGCUUGAAAUUUCUAAGCCCUCUAUGGCUUGGCUUUGGCAAGAGUUCCUCAGCCCUGCCUUCUCCCAGGGCAAAGUGGAUCGAUGGGGCAGAAACAGGACCAGCCCCUUUCAUACUUUAUUUCUGGGUUGGUGACUCUUGGCAGGAAAAACAGGAGUUUAGUUCACCUCACUGGAUGGCGUGGAGGGUGAGGAAUGAGGUUGGGUGCUGAUCUGUCCUCUUCCCCAAGAAACAGGCUCAAAAGAGAGCCUGGGCUGGGUUCCUGCACCCAGAAUAGUGAAGGUGAGACCCUAGGCCUGCUGUUCCAGGAGGGCAGAGCCCAUGCUGCCCCAGCUUAUGCUGCGGUGCCACACUCCCCUCCCCACUCUUCCAUGCUGAAUAAAUCCCUCCCGAGGCAGGUGUGAAAUAUUCAUGACUGACAAAUGAAGAUUUAUGUUGGGCUGAGGAGGCCUCUGUGUGUUUGCAAUGCUAAUCAGCCUGCCUUCCUGGAGGAGGCUCUGCCAGGCAGGCUUGGGGAAAGGAGGGGGAGAUGCAGGAGGGAAGGGGGAAAAGGAGCUGAGGAAGAGAGAGGGGAGGCAGACACAUCACGGGUGAGGAAGGUGUGGUGGGACCAAGGAAUGGGGAACAAAGGAGGGGACAGGUAGAGGGAGAUGGAGAGGGUGGAGAAGAGGGACAGGCUGUAAAGAUCAGGGAAGAGAUGGCUGCACUGGAAAGAAUGGGAUGGUAAAGGGAGAAAGGGACCAGCGAGAGAAAGGGUUGAGUGCAGGGGUGGAGGCUGUCUGAGAGCAGGUGGGGAGUAAGUCAGCAGUGCCUGAAGAAAAAAGCUGGGCAGACUUCAUGAUGAGCUGUGGCCACUCUCUGUAGGGCAGAGCUCAGCGCUACAGGGCGGGCAGCUGCCAUACGGGCAGGAGCUGGACCCAGGUCCCCGAAAGCACAUUUGCCAUGCUUGCUGCUGACCGGAAAGCUCAGCUGCAUCUGGAAGGACACACAGCCUCCGGGAACCUGGAGAACACCACUUCCACCGCCACCACCUGCUUCAGCACAAGCUGCACGCAAGGAGAGCCUCAUGGAGCCGUGUCCUCUUGCUGGAGGCAGCCUGCUGCUGUCCCACUGUCUGGGCAGGAGGGAGCAUCUUCAGGGUGGCUUGAUGUGGGACUGACACUGAGUGUCACCCUCCACUGGGCUAAGGGGGGGGUGGUGUCCCUUGUAGGGCUGGCGGAGCCUGCCCCACGUCAGCUGCCCCCUGCCCAUCCUGGCUGAGGCAGGUGUUUUUGGGUCUUUCCCUGAAGAAGGGGCAAAGGGGAGUGUCUGUGGCCUCCCCCGUACACACGCACGCACUCCCGCACCCCGUCCCUCCAGCCGCUUUGGCCUUGUACUGUGAGGGGCGUCCUCAGUCUGCCUCCCCCCCAACUUCCCCUGCCGCCCACCAUGGGGAGACCUCUCUGUACCUCUCCGUGUAGUGUCCCACCAGGGCAGCCCUCCACAGGGCCGCCCCAACCCAUCCCCCUGUCCCCGGGCGGAGAGAGGCCAAUCUCCGCCUGGCUUCUUCUUCUCCCACUGUGGGUGGGCACCUCCUCUCCUCCGUGCCCCGUGGUCCCCUCUCCCUCUGUCCCAUCCUUGCGCAUUUGGCUUGGCCUUUGCCUCCCCCAUAACUACCACCGCCACUGUGAGGCCUUGCUCUUGGGUGGCCUGACCCCCGCUGCCUGCUCUCCACCUUCCCCUGGGAGGAGAGGGAGAGGCUGGCUGGGUCAGAUCAGACCCUUCCAGGGCUGGUACGGCUGGUCCAUCCACAAGCACAGCACCUGGGGCGAGGGGGUGGGAAGGGGCGGGCAGCUGCCGGGCACAGAGCCGGGGGUAUCAGCCCUUGAAUGUAAGGAAGGGCCUGGGAGGCAGCUGCUGGGACUGGCUCCUUGUGGCCUCUUUGGUGUUCCUCCUUCCGUAACAACCCUGUGACCCCCCCUGGUUGUGUAUGGCCAAAUUUCAGUUGGAGCUAUGUUCUUUUAUUUUCUUCUUCCUUUUUUUUUUUCCUCUCCUUUCUUUUCUUCUCUCAUAUUUUUAUUUCUUUCUCUUUUCUUUCUCUUUUCUUUCUUUCUUUCUUUUCUUUUCCUGUUUUAAAACUGAAUGGCACGAAAUCGUUUUUCCUCAACUCGGAGAUUCCUGUAUGGAGAAAAUCAAUUUCUAUAUUUGCAAUAA